ACAUGGGGAAGUUCGAACCAAACCAUCGGCAAGGCUAGACUGCGUAUUUAUCGUUCAACAUCCAUACGUUUUUUUUUUCUAAUUUUACGCGGUCAGAAACCUUCUAAAACCAAAGUAUAAAACUCUUUCGGAAUUUUUCCCCCAAACUAUUCAAAAAAUCAUGACAAAAUUAUCAACCCCAUCAGUUUUAAAGACGAGAGAGAGUUCCAAGGGCUUGCUCUCUCUCGCUGCUCGUGUUUUGCUAGCCCUCUAGUGGGGGAAAAAGGGGAAAUCACGCGCAUGCUCCACGCCUAUGUCGAGAAUCAAUAGCUCCAAACAAACAGCAGCAAAAGAGUGUGUUGGUGAACGUCAUGGACAUAGUUUUGUGUUCGGAAUGUGCUUGUUUUUAAAUAUCAUCUCCUUGUGCAUUUUUAGUUAGUAAAAAUAGUAAAGGAAAAUUAACUAGAGCAAUUAAAUAGUGAAGCAAAAAUUAAUAGAGAAAAUAAAGAGAUAGAAUAUAAAGAAGAGGGAUAUAGAGGGCAAUAUACAAAAGGAAGAGAAAGAUAAAAGACAUCGUUAAAAGAAGAAUAAUGAUCGUGAGAUGAGGGAGGCGAAAUUGGAGUAGUAGGAGAAACGGAGUGGUCCAGAAAAUGUUCUCUGAAGUCCCUGCGUUCCGAGGUUCGUUUGUUGUGUGCAGUGUUAUCGUGUAGAGCCAUGGAUAUAGUGUAGAACCUUUUUCGUUGCUCUUAGAAGAUCAGGAUUGAAGAUCUCGUUUUUGGCCUCCAGCUAUCUUCUUCCUGGACCUUUUCGUCCCUGACGAAAGCGGGGACCCAACUUAGGAUAGAAAACGCGGGAGAGAAAAAAGGAGACCGUCCUUUGAGAAUGGAUUUAAUACCGGGCGGUCUGCUCGUACCUGCCAAAAAUGCGGAUAUCAAUACCUACCACUCUUCGUUUUACUCACCGCCACCCACUGAAGCGUCUCGAUCAGGAUACGAUUCGAGUAGUGGCGAUGAAUCAGAAGGAGAGUAUCCAUCACCUUAUCCAGCGAACUCAAGUUCAUCGACUGCGGCGUCGAAUAAUCAGCCCCAAGGAAAACAAAUAAGCAAAGGUCGAUGGACAAAGGAAGAGGAUAAUCUCCUAAAACAGCUGGUGAGCCACGCUGAUCAACUGGGCUCAAAUUUGCGAUGGGACGUUAUUUCUUCACAUUUUCCUGAUCGAAGUGACGUACAGUGUCAGCAAAGAUGGGCCAAAGUCGUAAAUCCAGAAUUGGUCAAGGGCCCAUGGACGAAAGAGGAAGACGAGAAGGUCGUGGAAUUAGUCGAUCGAUAUGGGCCGAAGAAGUGGACGCUCAUAGCUCGACAUUUGAAGGGCCGAAUUGGAAAACAAUGUCGCGAAAGAUGGCACAAUCACCUGAAUCCGGGAAUCAAGAAAACCGCCUGGACAGAAGCGGAGGACCGGAUCAUUGUUGAGGCACAUCGCAGGGUUGGGAACCAAUGGGCAAAAAUCGCCAAACUUCUACCUGGAAGAACGGACAAUGCAAUCAAGAACCACUGGAAUAGUACCAUGAGAAGAAAGUAUGAGGCUGAGGACGGCAGAGUCUCUGGAUCCAGGGGGCGAGGCAGGAGAAAAGCGUCGGAAGCAGCACCUAAUCAGAGGAGAGAUACCCGCAGUGUACCGGAGGACAGUUCCAGUCAAAUCAGUAGCACAAAAUCCAGAGGAGAGAGCAAUUCAACAGUUACGCCAUCGUUACCUGACAAUGCCGUUUGCGGUGAUCUUGAUCAGUUGGAUUGGACGACAGCUUGGGAGCAGCAACAGCAGCGUCAGUCGACAAAUCGAAAUCACAGCAAUCAAUAUCAGAACAUUAUACAGAUGAAUGAACGCAACGUCGAAAGGCAACUUGCAUCCCCUCCUCGCCGAGAAGGUCCUACAAGAAUAAAGUCAGAAACCAUGUCCCCCUUUUCGAGAUACUUCGAUUUGGAAAUGUCUAACGAGGCGAGCGGUUCCAGAUCUUCAGAAAUCCGACUUUUACCCAUGCCCGACCUGGAGGAAACCGCUGACUCGUGCGGGGACAAGGAGAAGACUAGUCCGCCCCCGAUUCUUCGGAGGAAGCGCACCAUGCAGUUAUUGGAAAGAACGGAUACUCCCGACAGUGGGAACCAGUCUGAUUAUUUACUGGCCCACCAUCACCACCUUGGUACAACGCCCUCGACCCCCAUUAAACAACUUCCGUUCAGUCCAUCCCAGUUUUUGAACAGUCUCAGUCCCGAAACAUCUUGGCCGCGGGCAAGCACACCAAAGGGAAGUCCCGAAACACUCACGACUCCCCAGCCGUCAGGCCUGCGUCGCAAUCAAGGCGUUGAUAUUCUAGAUGGGACAACACCUAGGACGCCGACGCCUUUCAAGAACGCCCUCGCUGAAUUGGAACGACGAAGUGGGGCGACAACUCAACUUCCGGCAACCCCGAGUCGACUUGAUGCUCUGACGGAGAUUAUCAAGCAGGAAACUGAUCGGGAGAGUCUCGCUUGUUCCAGUAGUAUGCUCCAGGACUCUGGAUAUGGAACUGGAAGGCGGCGAGGAAAGGAGAAUAGUGCACCAGGUGGCAAACGAGCUCGAAAGGCUCUUUGUCAGGCUUGGGCCAAUUCUCAGGACUCUUCCGACAUGAGCUUCGCCAUCGAAACGCCGAGCAAAAGUUUGGAUACGUCGGUGCUGUUUUCUCCUGCAUCGUUGGCCCUGGACGACAGUUUUUUGGCAGCAGGGCCGAGUCCCGUGAAGAACUCCCACGACUUUGCGUCCGUUCACCGGAAGUCUAAUGCCAAGAGGGCGAUAUCGUUUGACGCGUUCGACAGUAAUUUCAGCCCUCAACCUCCACCGCCAUCCAUACGCGCCAAGUUGGAAGUGCAAUGGUCAAGAGUUGCUUGUGGUCAGACCAGGGAUCAACUGGAGAUGACGAGAGCAGCUCGUCAAUUUCUCGGCAUUCACGGAUUCCUAACACUGCGUCCGCGUUCUCUUAAAUUUUAAGUUGUACUACCUGAAAUGUGUAAUCUACUUCGAGAUUCACGAUUCAGUCCUCAUCCUUUUCACGUCUGCGACGUUCAGAUAAAGUUCAGAAGAAGGACUUUGGAGGAAUCGUGAAUCUCUCGACUGAUAAUUAGGAAGACGGCAAAUGGCAAGAGCAUUUUAUUACUUCGAUUUGAAUUUAUUCGAACGCUGAAUCAGUGAUUCGACAAUAUAAAUAAAUAAAUGAACGGGCGGAUAAAUAUUUGAAAUGCUGCUUCCUGCUGAACUUUUCCAUUCGCUGCACUUCGAAUCUUCUCGAUUUUACCGAGAAACUUCGAAAUCAUCAACCAAUGGGGAAGAGAAUUAAAUUUAAAUGCAGCGAGUGUUUUUUUUUAAAUACUACUACAAAUUUGUAAAAAUAUAUUUCAUAUGUAAUUUUUCUGAGAGGUGUUUCUUAGAAUCAACAAUGUACGCCGUGUGCUGUUUUUCUAUGAAAGAGAAAUGAUAAAAAGAGAAAAAAAAAUUAUAGCCGGUUUAUUUCAUAGAAUAUUAUAUUAUAAUAUAAAACACUAUAGCGGCUGUUAUGUACAAAGAGCCUUUGUAAUUGGUAUUUAAUUUACAAGUAAAAUAUGUAAUAAUAAAAUGGUGAAGAUCGCA